GCUUUCUUAUAUUGUUAACAAAGCUGGACAGUAGUCUCUCACACGACAUGGAGUGGGAUCCAAAGAACAAAGUAGUUGUAGUGACGGGUGGAGCGGGAGGUAUAGGAUACGAGAUCGCUGACAAGUUUCUGAAAUACGGAGCUAAAACUGUGAUUAUAUUGGACCGUAAUGAAACUCUUGGCGCGGAAGCUGCACAAAAACUCAACGCCAAGCACGGUGAAGGUAAAGCAGUCUUCAUAAAAUGUGACGUCACUGAAGAUUUGGACAAAGUAUCCAGCGAAAUAUUCCAGAAUUAUGAAACCGACGUUCUAGUAAACAAUGCAGGAGUGCUAGACGAGGCUAAUGUGAGACGGACACUUGAAACCAAUCUUAUGGCGCUGAUAGACUGGAGCAUGAAGUUUUGGGAGCACUGGAGAACUGACAAAGGCGGUCGUGGAGGUACUAUAUAUAAUGUAUCGUCUUUCUAUGGGUACGACUACAAUCCAUAUACCGUAUACUACAAAACAUCGAAAGCUGCAGUGUUGAGUUUCACGAGGUCGUUGGGCCAUCCUGUUAACUGUGAGAAAAGCGGUGUAAGAGUGAUUGCACUCUGUCCGGGUUUUACUGACACUACUAUACUUACUGGUAAAGUAUGGGAUUGGCACAAUGAAGGUUUCCAAAGAGUGAUGAAGGAAGAAGUUGUGAUCCAAAAGCCUGAGACAGUUGGCGAGGCUGCUGUGGAGAUUUUCAAGCUUGCGAAUACAUCAGAAGUGUGGGUCGCUAAAAACGAUGAACCAAUUAAAUUAGUUCAGGUUACAUAUGAAGAAGUAGCCCCUUAAGUGAUAAUGUGUUUACAACUAAAGCUACUUGUAGUUAUAUUUUAUUCGUAUUGAUAAGUAACUUUCUAGUGUUUCGUGGAAUUUUAAAUAUUUUUUUUUAAUAGUGUAAGUCCGUGCAGUUAUGGGUGCGCAGAUAUGCGGAGUCUCCGCAUACCUGAUAUUGAAAAUUGCCAAGCUGGGCCGAAGCCGAAAUUCGUGAUCUCUUUUUCAACGCGCACUACAGCAACGGCACUCGAUGUCUUCACGCAAACAAUAAGGAGGCACCUGCAUUCUGGUUUAAGGUGCAGGAAGCCAGCCAAAAAGAUAUUACUGUCCACAAUGCACCAGGAACAGCGAUAAAAUUUUGCUAGAAAUUUUAUAAAUUUUGAUUGGGCUAAUAAUGUGGUUAUAUUUACCGAUGUAAAGACUUCAUUUCAUGCUAGCAGCAUAAAUUUCAAAUUUAUUUGUAUUGAUUUUUUAUUGGGUCAGCGCUGACUUAUAUCGAUUUCUGAAUCAAUUACUGAGCCAUCAGCCAAAUUAUAUAUAGUCCAAAUUAACUACAAUGUUUAUAUUUUAAAAAUAAUAUUAAAAUGCAGUCAAAAAAUACGGUGAAGUGAUGUUAUUGUUAUGCGGCUAGAAAUUGUCAUAAUUUCUUUCUAUUCAACGUGUUGAUUCACUUCACUUCUUAUUUUUUUAUAACUUAUGUAACUGCUGUUCAACUUGUUUGAAGUAUUAUAUUUACGCUCAUCCUUAACCAACUUACAGUAUGAUUCGAAAUGUUAUAAUGU